GCAUCCUUCUAGAAAAGCGCCACUUAAAGUAGAAGAUACGGACUGGAAAUUAAACCGUAGAAGAAGAAACGGACUGUACCAAGCGCUGCACACUUAACGCGAAGCCCCACGAAGGAGAACCUCUUUGUAGACAAAGAGUAUAAAGAUGCCUUCAGCAGCUGUCGGCAACAAUGCUGUCCAGUCUGUUGUGCCAGACCUGGGAAAUGGAAGUCACUCUGAGGCCAUGAAGCAGUUUCUUGGUGUCAUUGACAAGAAGGUUCGAAAUAUGGAGAAGAAAAAGUCCAAACUGGAUGAUUAUCAAGCAAAGAAGAAUAAAGGAGAAAGGCUAAAUCAAGAUCAGUUGGAGGCCUUGUCAAAAUACCAAGAAAUCAGCAACAAUCUUGAUUUUACUCGAGAGCUGCAGAAGAGCUUCUUGGCACUGGGUCAAGAGGUUCAGAAAGCAGUGAAGAAGUCUGCGCGACGAGAACAGCUGCAGCGGGAGGAGAUGGAGCAGCGGCGACUGAAGACGGUUUUGGAGCUUCAGUAUUUACUGGACCAACUGGGAGACGAUAGUGUCAGGCAGGACCUUAAAGGACUUGAUGCUGCAGGUUCUCCUCUGCUCACCGACACUGACCUGGCAUUCUUUGAUGAGUUCUACAAAUUGGUGGUACCUGAUAGGAACUGUGAUCUCAGGUUGACUGAACAAUACGAAGAGGCCUCGCUACACUUGUGGGCUCUGCUUGAGGGCCGAGACAAGACUGUGGCAGGAACCACGUACAAGUCACUGAAGGAAACUCUGGACAAACUGAUGUUAAGCGGUUACUUUGACAGAGCAGAAACUAACCAGAAUGGAGGCUGUGAGUCGGAGGAGGCGCAGGAGGAGCCAGCUGUGGUGGUUGAGACUGCAGCGACUGCAGAGCCGCCGUCAGAACCAGAGGGUUUAACUAAUGAAAACUACGCAGAGGCUGGGAACGUGGAACCCUCAGAGUUUAACAGACAGUUUGUUCCAGAAACUACAUAUAGCAGUCCAGACAAAGACCAAGUGGACGAGUGGGCAGUGGAGGCUCAGAUGAAUUCCCUGCAGCAUCACUCCCUUGCACAGCUGGCUCCUGAUCCCAUCCUUCCUGUGAGUCAAGUCCCUCCCUCUCCACCCCCUGACCCCGUGGUCAGAAAGCAGGUGGUACAAGACCUCAUGGCCCAGAUGCAGGGGACAUACAACUUUAUGCAGGACUCCAUGUUGGAAUUUGACGGCCAGGCUCUGGACCCAGCCAUCGUUUCUGCCCAGCCAAUGAAGCCUCUGCAGAUGGUUAACCUGCAGCAGAUGGGUGUCCCUUCAAUUCACUCGGAGUCGAGACUUUCUCAAACACCUACAGUAUCUGGACUACCAGAGUGCUCUCAAGCCUCCAUUUCUCUGUCAGCUGAACAGUCGUCUGCCCCGUGCUCCUUGUCCACUGCCUUCCCACCUGUCUCCAAGCCCCCCCACUCUGGAGGCAUCAAUGUGAACGCAGCACCUUUCCAAUCAGUGCAAGCGGUAUUCAACAUGAAUGCACCUGUACCUCCCCCCACGGAUGGCCAACCAGACCCCCUGAAGCAAUCUAGCCAAUUUCCUGGUGGUUACAGUCAGGGCUUUAACAGCCAGUCAGAGAAUACUGUAGAGCAGCCUGAAAUUCCACCGGAAAGAUUACCAUCAGUUGGUGGUUUCCAGACCCAAGAGCAAGUCAUGCCUACAGCUGGAGGUCCUGAGGAUUCCUCUGCAGCUGCAGGGUUUGGACCGUCCAACCAGUCGUUUUACACAAACAGGGCUGCUUCCAGAGGUGGACCCAGGAAUGCUCGUGGAGUGAUGAAUGGAUAUCGGACCUCUUCAAAUGGAUUCAGAGGGGGAUAUGAAAGUUAUCGUCCUUCCUUUCCAAAUGCUCCUCCCACCAGUGGAUAUGGCCAAACACAAUUCAACACAUCUCGGGAUUAUUCCAGUAGUACAUACCAGAGGGAGGGAUACCAGCAAGGCUACAAACGAGGAACCGCUCAAGGAUCUCGAGGUUUGUCGCGGGGCAAUGCUCAAGCAAUGCGAUCUUAAUCUCAUUGUUUCUAUGGACCAUCAAGUCGCGCCACGUAGAACAUUCAGGAUAUUGAAUGUGUUUACCCUAACUCACUUUUUAAAUAUGUUUUGUUUUUUACUCUUGGCCCACUCUGUCUAGAUCCUCGGCUAAAUGUUUUAACACAACAUGCUGAAGUUCACCACAUGUAGGAUUCUCAGCACGUUUGUGCGAUGUAAAACUACAAACAGAUGUUCCUGUAAACUUGAAAGACUUCAUUAACUUAUUUUUAUUUUUUACAAAAUGCAAAAAUACCCUGCCAUUGUUAAUCUGAUACCAUUUUUUUUCUUGUGCCCUGUGGCAUCAAAUAUUUUUUCUUUAAUAUAAUUUACAUAAAGCCAUUUUGUUUUUUAACCCACUCAACUGUUGCAGCAUAGCCCAUUUGUACACUGUUACUGGUUGAGACUGUUUAAAUAAAGUUGUAUCCUAUACGCCUGUCUUAAUGAAGCCAUGUUCUUUUUUUAUGACACUGAAUGUUUUUGCAGAUUAUGUUCAGUUGACAAUUGUC